GUAUAUUCAUACUAUCACCUUUUGUCUCACCUGUCCAACCAGUAUUUAGCACUCAUUGAUAUCAUCAAUGUGACGCUGGCCCUCCCCGCCCUUCUCUACCUCACCAUCUACAACCACACCGACAACUUCAACGAGACGUGCAUCUUCUUGUCUUACGUGGCACUGUGGACGGCGACAUUGUCUGGGGAUGUGCUCAUCCUGAUCGCUGUAGACAGGUAAGUCAUACGUGUUGGUCAUGUACUGCCUCCAGGUCUAUUUCCAUUCGUCUUUACUAAGUCUCACCAUUGGAUCAAAAAGGCAAUGGUGAGAGGGUGUGCCUGACGAACUGGGCAGCUCUCCCGCAAUUUAAACAAAAUACAGCUCAAGGCUGCUUACUCAAGUCGAACAUUGCCUUGUCAUCUUCGAGUACCAAGGACGAAAAUAUAUACGUUGACUCUAGUAGUUCACUCAUCAUGAAUAUAAUGGCACAAGGUUAGUCAUGUAUAUAUUGGAUUUGUAGUUUUGCUCAAAAGUUUGUUAAGGGGUAAAACAACAAAUAAUUGUAGCGAUUCUUGGAGAUCCUUUAUUUCCCUUUUUUUAAAAAGUGAAUAUUUUAUUUAAAAUUCAGCAUUUACAAUUAGUAUCAAUAGGCGCUUCUUUCUGUAUGAGCUUUGUCACUCAAAACGGCAUAAAUCUAAUAAUGUCAUUGUGUUAUUCCGUUUCCCCUAGCGAUGUGAUGUUGAACUCUAAUUUGUUUUAGGUAUUGAUAUCCGUGCUCAUCUUGUACACAUUUGCGUGACAUAUGUUUUUAUCCCGUAUAUAUUAUUUAUUUCAAACCCACUGUAAUCAACCAUUCUCUUGACAAUCUUCUGUCCAGAUACCUCAAACUAUGUCUCCUGCGCCGGACCGGCCUCGGCGAGCCACUGAUCAAAAAGCUCUUCGCACUAAUCAUCCUGGUUACCAGUGGCAUGUAUGUGCCCAUCAGAUGGAUCUUCGGCAAGGACACGGUAUACAUGUUCAGCUACAACGUCCGCAUCACCUACUGCUACAUCCGGACAGAGAGUAAGCUGGGGAGCCUCGUCAUGCCGUUCUUCACCUUGACGUCCAGCACCACGGCGGCGACCAUGACCUUGUUCGUAGUGCUCUAUUUCCAGAUCAUCCGAAAACUGCGCGAGCUCUCCGGGAAAAACGAGAAGCUGAAGUCGGGACGCGAGGACGACACGAGGGGCCGCAGUCAGCGGGAAGCGAUGCACAAGUCCUCUGUUGUGUUUAUCGUCAUCACCGCGGUGUUCUUUUUUAGCUACGUCCUCUACUACUCCACUGUCAUCGUCAGUGUAAUGGAUCCACUGGUCGAGGGGAGCUUGGGACCAAGCACGAAGGCUAUUUUUGACCUAGCGAAAUUCGGCCCACUCAUCAAUCACGUUACCAACCCGUUCAUAUACGGGUACUCUUCGGCUCGGUUCAGGAAUGAGGUCGUGAAAAUUAUCACUUUCAAGGCGUUCGAUCGAGAUUUUUUUAAGCGUCGA